CUCAACAUUCUUGCCAUCCUCAACUUCAUCAAAAUUCUUCAUCCACUUCUCCUAAAUCUGCCCUCACAUCCUGUGCACAUCAAUCUGAUCUGGAUGGGGUGCUUCACAAAAGAUACCCAAGUAUGUGAGUCACUAUAUUUUGCAGGGGUACCCAUUUGGUUGUAUCACAGGGAAGCAUUCAUCCCUCCAACCAUAAACAUUGUCCAACCAGUG